AUGCAAUGCCAAUAACAACAAAAGAAAGUGCUAUUACAUAUUAAGGAACAACUAAUAAAACUUUUACAAAAACUUUACAAAAGCAAUUUCUAGUUGAGCAAAGACCUCUUGAUUAGAAAACCAUCAUAGCAACAUAUAUUCCUCCAACUAAGCCAAAUUAAUACUUAUGACUCCAAUGGUUAAAGUUUCUUCCACAAAUCCAACACCAACUAUAUUGACAUCAAGGACAAUUCAUAUGAGAGCAACCAGCAUUUUUUUCAAUGGGCACACUACAUUUUGGGCAUUUGUGAGCACCCAUAUUUGCCAUGGAACUUAGCAGUCAUAGCAGAAUUCUUUUAAGCAUUUCGUACAUUUUGA